CCCGACUCCUCUCUCUCUCUCUCUCUCUUCGUCUCCGCCUCCACACCCCGAACCACCACCGCGCGGAGAGAGACGCCGUGGCCUCACCGUGCUCCACUCCCCGCCGCGUGCUGCCGCUCUUUGCUCGCCGCGCGCUCCGCUGCCCCGGCCAACCGCCGCCGCUGAAUCUCGUGGCUCCUCUGCGGGUGGCGAGAUUAUUCCGCUGUCGUUUGUGCGUCCGGCGUCGUCCGUUUCCUCGGGUCCCUUCUCCCCGCGAGAAGAGAAUCGGAGGCCCCCCCGCGUGCUCGCAGCUGGGAAGGCUUCGUGACAGGGGCGGCCGCGUCUCGCGUGCAUGGAGGCUAAGAUGGAUUCACUUGGACUUGAAGAUGAUGGUGAACCCCAACCAUCUUUAGAAGCUUCUCUUGCUUCAGAUGUCAUGUAUGACGAUGCGCCUAUAUGUCCAUGCAUUGGAAGUGAGCACCAGGCAGAAAUCCCCAAUCUGCUUACAGUGGAUGAGCGUCGUCGGUACAUGACCAGCUCACUUGAGAGCAUGGUAGCUGGUUAUGAUUACCCUGUUAUGAUUGGGUUACCCAUACCAAUUAUGUGGGCACCAAGUGAGGUCCAUAAGGAGGAGGAAUCACAAGCUCAUCAUUCUUUAGAAACCGAAGCAAGAAUCAGCAGUCGGGGCGAGGAUAGUCAGGUUACCUCAGUUUAUCCAACCAGCAAUAAUGUGAGUGACCAUGAUUUAACAUGGCACGGUCCACAUUCAGUGGUGCCUGUAGAUCAGAUGGAAGCUGGCAGUAAUCAAGCACAUCAUGAAAACUUUGAUUCAUGUUCUACUCAAGAAGGCCUCAACUUUACUAAUAAGCCAAUGGAACAGCAGAGGGAAAUUGAUCAUUUUACUCCACUGCCUGCUUCAUCCAGUUGCCUUUGGAGUGGUAUUGAGGCAGAAUGUUUUCUGCUUGGGCUCUACAUAUUCGGCAAAAAUCUAAGACUAGUGAGCAGGUUUCUAGGUAAUAAUAUUGGGGAUGGGCUUUCCUACUACUAUGGAAAGUUCUACAAAAGUGAUGCGUAUAACAGAUGGUCAGAAUGCAGAAAAGCAAGAACUAGGAGAUGCAUUCUUGGAGAACGCAUUUUUACAGGUUGGCGGCAGCACGAGAUUAUAUCUCGUCUGAAAUCUGAAGUCCCCAAAGAAGCUCAUGAUUCAUUGGUUGAGAUGUUCAAAUCUUUCAGCAAUGAGGAAAUAUCUUUAGAGGAUUUUGUCUUUACUCUGAAAUCCACUGCUGGAACAAAAGCUUUUAUUGAGGUUGUUGGAAUUGGUAAAGGGAAGCAUGAUUUGACUGGAUUUGUGCUGGAUUCAUCUAAGCCCAGCCAAGUUCUUUCUGUUCACCCUGACAUGCCUACAGGCAAAGAUUGUUCUUCUCUUGCUUCAGAAGAUAUAAUCAAGUUCUUGACAGGUGAUUUCAGAAGAAGCAAGACAAGAUCAAAUGAUAUUUUCUGGGAAGCAGUCUGGCCCCGUUUGCUUGCGAGAGGGUGGCAUUCAGAGCAACCAAACGAUGUCAGAUCAACUAAGAAUUGCCUUGUUUUUCUUGUGCCGGGUAUCAAAAAAUUCUCAAGAAGUAAACUCACUAAAGGCACUCACUAUUUUGAUUCUGUCAGCGAUGUCCUUAAACGAGUGGCAGCGGAUCCUGUUCUUCUUGAGCUAGAGGUCGGCGGAAUGGACAAUGAUGGUACUCCUGAGCAAAAUGGGUAUACAGACAUGAAAGUGAACCAUGACGAUCCUUUGGAUGAUUAUCAGGAGGUUCCAAAGUUCACAAUUAUUGAUACUACCUUGGUCCAAGGGGAAGAGCCAUUCUGUGUCAGGGAGCUGAGGAAAUUACCUGCUGAUGCAAAUGUCCGUUUUGUCCCUUCACGCCAUUCACAUAGUACUGUGAUUGUGAGUUCCUCAGAGGAGCAAGAUGUGGAUGAUCGAUCAUCAGAUGACCAGGAAGAUCGUGGACAAGUUACAGCUCCUGUUAAUGACAUUGAAAUUAUUUCAGCGAGCAACCCAGUUGAUUCAUUUCAAAACAUGCUCCCUGCAUCAUCCUCAAGUUUUCCAGUCAAUGGUCAUUCUUCUAAUGGCAGUAGUAACAAAACUGAUUUGACAUACUCCUUUGGCACGAAAACAAAAACUGUAAGGCGCAAGUAUUUAUCCCCAGUGUCAAAGCGCAGAAGAUUAUCUAGCUGUAGCAAUGAUCAGAACAGCCGGCGCAGCUUUUCUUUCUCCAAAGGAGAUGGUUUAGAGAAAGAGAAAACCAAGCCGCUGUCGACUUCAUUGAAACCAGCUAUUGUUGAUGCUGGUGGUAAUUUUCAGAGCAAAACAAUUGCAAGAUGUUCGACAAAGGAGAAGCCAUGCGAGCAGAUAAAAAUAGAUGCAUCAAACUCUCGUACCAAUGACAGGUCAAACGGGAAGAUAAAUAUGACGAACUUAAAUGAGAACAGAUCAUUUGAGUGCAAGGUCGAUGUGGUGCCUAAAGUUCAUCCAAAAUUCCCCUUCACUGAAGCAAAAUUUGCGAAAGAAGGGGAGCAGGUUAGUAGUUUGGCUGGCCAGACUAAACCAGUGACACCAAUUGAUGAUAAGACAAGUGUAAGUGUAUGUGCAACUUCAUCAGAGGAUCAUGGUUCCAUGAAGGCUGUGGAAGCUCCGUCCAUUCCGAACAGCAAAUGUGUCCGUGGUGUUCCAGAGGCGACAGGAGGACCUGCUAGUGCACAACCAGAAUCGCAGGUGAAUUCUCGGAGGCACGGAACCAGAAAUAGGUCUCCCACGGCGAAAGUUCUGGAAGCACUUGCCUCGGGGUCUUCUGGAGGAAAGCGUAAGGGUGAACCCAAAAGUCCUGGAACAAGCAGGCCUUCCCAGAGAGCCCGCAAAUCCACCAAAGACUCGGUCUGUACGCCUACAAGCAGUGACACAGACAAGUCCAGCAUGGAUGCUGAUGCGCAACGGUGAGCACCAUUUGUUGGCACCAUGUCAACAUUGUGGAUGAUCAAUAUCAAGUGUGAACAUGAGGUUUUCUUCAACUUCGAACUAGAGUGCCUGCAUCGAUCUUCCCUUCUGAUGCACCUUGCAUUUUGUGAUUCAUAAGUAAUAUUUAUUACAAUGCAAUGGUGAGCUGGUUGCGUAACGACUAUUGUGCAAGAACUCUUGGUUUCUGUUUAGCUUACAGAGUUGUAUGCCUGUCAAGGAUUGCAGAAUGCGACUUGUACUGAGGAUGAAAGAGUUUAUACCAUAUAAUUAUGUACCUGCAUGACAUGGUUAAUCUUUUCUUAGAUCCAAGGAUUAAUCUUUUCGUAGGUCCAAGGAUUAAUCUCGUUGUAUGCAAUAUAUCCUCAUCCAUGGUUUUGGUU